ACCACCAGUUCAAUCAAAGUAUUGUGAGAAGUGCUUACCUUGUUUGCCUGUGUAAUAGAUCACCUUGCUGUGCUUAGUCACUUGUCAUUGUUCGGUGUUCAGGUGUCCCUGUAGAAGCCGCAUGUCGCAUCAUUAUUGUAUUACUGAAAAGUCAUACUUACACUUUGGUUUUACUGCAUCUUAUAAAUUUAGUGCAGCUGAAACUGCAGCAAUGACAUUAGAAACCUUAUAGAAUAUAGAUCAAUGGAUCUCGAGUUGAAUAAUGGUGAAGCGUAUCCUGUCAGCAGGAGUAAGCAAAGGAAACGAAUUUUUCAGCGACAACUUCUCAAUCGCCUAUCUGAAUCGAGAAUGUUGGAGAUACUUGAUCGAGGAUUACAGCAGGCACAUCAUAAUUUAGGCUCUUGCAACCAGAAGCACGAGACACAAGAUAUCGACCAGCUCGACGAAAAGGAUGAAGAAGAACUUGUCUGCGUGUCUACAAUGAUCAGGAUGGCAAAUACAGACCCUGCCUUAUCGGAGAGCACGGAGUUCCAGACGGGGUGUGUUUUGAAGACCGUUCGCUAUAUUCACCGCCAGCGAGCUGUUGGGUCGGGGAAUCAGACGAAUCAUUAACAUAUACAGGGCCAAAAAGAGUAGCAGAUUGCUCGACAUCUUGGGCUGCUUUCUAUGAUUAUAUGCUAGCCCAAUUUAGCAUCUUGUGAUAUGUACCAUUCAUCUUCAC